CGAACUUUCCCGCCAUCAUGUGGCGCCAUCUUUGAGAUUCCUGCUUCCCCGUAUCUAUAGAACACAACUUCAAAAUGCCUUCUCACUUUAGAGCCGUAGACAACGCGGUCGAGAAAGUUCGGAAAGUAAAGGAAUAUGUAGAUAAUGGCUUGGGUGUAACUUUAGAUGUAGCGCUGGACUUGGAAGAAGUUAGUAAAGACAACGAGCUGGUGAAAGAGUUGGAAGAUACGAUGCUGCAGUAUGUUAGCAUGGAGAGAGAGAUGGACCAGUGCAUGAAAGCUGUCGAGCUAGCGAAGGAGGAGUUUAAUCGAAAGUAUGAUGUAAAUAGUGAUGAUACUCCAAACAUUGAAGAUAUCUUCAAAGAAAAGUUGAGUUCUCUUGAAAAGAACAGCAAAGUUUCCGAUCUUGAUUCUCACCCCAAGGUGAAAGAAUUCAGGGAGAAAUUAUGGAACAUUCAUCAUCAGGGGGAACCUAUGCCUCAGACAAACACACAGCCAGGAACACAGGAUGAAGAUAUUAUAAUGUCACAGGCACCUGUAGAACAAACAAAGUGUCCACUGACUUUGAAAGAUAUGGUCAAACCAAUGAAAAGUAAAAUAUGUGGACACAACUAUGAACAAGAUGCAAUUUUGCAGCACAUAAGCAGAGGGAGAGGUAGAGCUAAGUGUCCAGUCUGUGGACAGCUUCUCACCAAAGCUGACCUCGAACACAAUGCUGUACUGCAGCAUGCCAUAAAGCGAAAAAAUAGGAGAAAGUAAAUUAUAGUGCAAAAAUAGGAGAAAAUAAAUUAUAUGUGAAUUCUUGUACUCAGGAGUUAAUUUUAGUUAAAAAGUAAAUGCUGUGUUGUUAGAAAGUGUAGAUAUCUGUUACUGUUAUGAGGAAUACUUGUAGUUUUAAGACACUUGUAUACUGUUAUGUUUUUCUACGAAUGCUUGUUCAUGGCAAAAACAAGGAAAAAUUGAAUUGUUUUCAUGUGAUGAUAUUCUGAUAUUUGAUAUUGAUAUUAAGUAAGGAGUGGCAUGUUGUAAAUGAAAAUGACAAAGUUCUUUAAAGUGGUGUGUUUGUGAAUGUUUGUAAUUCUAUUCUUGGAAACACAUAUUUGUGUAUUUGCCAUUUUAUGAACUGUAAAUCUAAUACAAUAGGUAUGCUUCGCUUAACUUGACUUGAGGAAAUUCAUUAUUUGCUUCUGCUGUGACAGAAAUCUCUUGUAAGGUUCAGGAAUUUUGUGAAGUUCUGGGUGAACUAUAAUUUGAUCAUGACAGUUCCCAGUAUCAUGAAUAAUGUUUUAUAUCUUUUUUGAGCUUUUUUUUAAGACGAUGUUAACAUUGUUUUUUCUCACAAUGUUUAAAGCUGAUUUUACUUGAACCCAAGAGAUAGAUGGAUGUAUAGAUGAGGAAGGAUGCUUGAAAUUUGUA